CCCUUCCCGAGCGGUCAUGUCCUGGUUCUCCUCUAGGCGCUCGUCCGCAGAAUCGCACGAUGUCCCCGGCCAGAGCAGGCUCGAGCACCACCAGAUCCUCGCUGGCCGUCUCGGCCAUCUCAACGAGUCCCAGCAGGCCGCGUUUGCGAAAUUCAAGGCGGACCUUGAGUCAGCGAAGCUAUAUACGCCCGGCGAGGAGCCAUCCCAUGACGAUUCGACGCUCUUGCGCUUUCUGCGUGCGCGCAAGUUCGACCCCAAGGCUGCCCAGAAGCAGUUUGCGGCUACUGAGGAGUGGCGGAAGGAGAACGAUGUCGACCGCUUAUACGCCACCUUCGACCCCGAGGAGUUCGAGGCUGCUAAGCACUUCUAUCCUCGAUGGACAGGGAGGAGAGACAAGACUGGCCACCCCGUAUACGUCUUCCACCUAGCAUCCCUCCAGGCGACCCAAAAGGAGUUGAAUGCGGUACCGCCAGAACGCCGCUACCAACGGAUCGUCGCGCUCUGGGAAUUUAUGCGCCAAUUCGCCCUCCCUCUCUGCAACUCCCUUCCUCGAGACAACAACGCGGACAUCUGUGCUGUCACCAGCAUCAUCGACCUCGCAGAUGUCUCCUUUUCCUCGAUGUGGUCCCUCCGGCAUCAUUUGCAGGAGGCCUCAGGGCUGGCGACGGCCCACUAUCCGGAAUGUAUGCACUCGACGAUUGUCGUGAACUCGCCGUCAUUCUUCCCGACAAUAUGGGGGUGGAUUAAGGCAUGGUUUGACGAGGGGACGAGGCUGAAAGUGCAUGUGCUGGGAAGAGAUCCGGGACCGACAUUGCGCGAGCUCAUCGACGCGGACAACUUGCCUAAGGCCUACGGCGGCAACCUCGAGUUCACCUUCAAGGACGACCCUGUCCUUGACGAGCCGGCGCGAUCGGCGAUCGGGGACAAGGUGCCCAAGGGCCCGGUCGUCUUCAAGGAUGGCAAGCUCUGGCGGCCGAGGGUGGAGGAGGGUGGAAAGGUUGUGCGUGAUGCGAUGGAGGGCGCGACGGUGUGAGGGCGUCGUGGGGUGUGGGAGUAAUUGGCGCCGUGGUGUGAGGCAUCUCCGCGCCGUGAGAGGGACUUACGAGCCGUGAGAGGGACCUACGCCCGCCGCGGAGAGUACCGCGGUGACAGCGGUGCUGGGGACGUCUGGCUAGAGAUUGACAGUCAUGCGUAGAUGUCAGCUAGUGUCAGCUUGUGCCGCUCGCGUAGGUAUGAUGUGGUCCCAGUAGAUCGUGUCUCCAAACGUAGAGAACAAUUGCAUAUGUAUUACAGGAUGUCUGCACUAUUAUGUUGUGUUGCGAUGCGAUGGACUGAAUUUGGGGUCAAC